UGGUCUGUUUUCGUUUUUCAUUCAGCUGAGCGCAGCUGACCAGAACCCUGCAGACACCAGAACAUGGCCAGGCACCUGAGGCCCCUCAUCCAGCGGUGGCCCUCCAGGGUUUUCUCCGUGGAGAUGGAUGGAGCGCCGGUUUAUUUCGGAAUCAGAGAAAAGCUCCGAGGAGGAGCGCUUCUACCUGCUGUCUUCUCUAAACUCCAGAAGGAGGACAGAUGCUACUCUCUGCUUGUCUGCAGCCCGGACAGAAUCAGAGGGGAGAGGUUUCAUUGGGAACUCAGAGACAAACUGCUGAGGGACCUGCCUGCAGGCUCUGAUGUGACCAGCAUGUCCUCCUUCCUCCCGGAGGAGAAGGGCUCUCUGGUCAAAGGCUUCUUCCUCAGAAGCCGGGCGGAGGACUCCCCCCUCAUAGAGGGGAUGCUGAGCCAUUUGGAGCAGACUGAUCCAGUGUUGGUGUGUUCAUAUUCUCAAAGUGAAGCAGAUGAGCUGUGGACUCAGAGUCUGUGGGUCCCUGCAGAGAAGAACCUGACCAAGUUCUAUGUGGUACCUUCAGAGACUCCCAAACAUCACCCGUCUGCUCUCAACAUGAUCAACUCGGAUGUUUUCUACAGCUUGGAUGAGGCCUGUGAGGUUCUGAAGAAGUGUGGUGACAUCAUCCCAGAGAGCCUGUCUGUACUGGAGAUGCUUCCCAGCAGAGUGGAUGCCAGAAGAAAACCAGACUUCCCUGUUAUUGUCAUAGAGGGCCUGGAUGCCACAGGGAAGACUACUCUAACAGAGUCUCUUCGGGACGCUCUGGGGGCCACUCUACUGCGGUCUCCACCCCAGUGCUUGUCAUCCUGGAGAGCCCGCUUUGAUCGAGAACCUCCGCUCAUUCGGAGGGCCUUCUACGCAGUGGGAAACUACAUCACUGCUGAGCAAAUAUGCCAAGAGGGCAGCAAGGCACCUGUUAUCGUUGACAGAUUCUGGCACAGCACAGCAGCUUACGCCAUCGCCACUGCAGUAACCGGCCCGGUUAGUAACCUCCCGCCUGAGGGCUCUGAGGUGUACUGUUGGCCCGGUGACCUCCUCCAGCCCAGCCUGGUGGUUUUACUCACCCUGGACCCUGAGGAGAGGAAGAGGAGGCUGAGGAACAGAGGUUUGGUGAAGACUGAUGAGGAGCAGGAGCUGGAUCACAACCGACUCUUCAGACUCAGAGUUGAGGAAGCUUAUCGGAGGAUCGUCGGCCCAGCCUGCAUCACCGUGGAUGCAAGCCCCUCUGCAGACCUAGUGCUCCAACAAGUGCUGCUUUUAAUUAGGGCCAAAUGCCACUUGUAAACAGUUCUCCUUCUCCUCCAACCCCCCAGCUGGCAGCCGAGAAUCCAACUCAUGCAGGACCGCGUGUGGCCACUGGGUGCCAGUAAGGUGCUGUCAAUGAGGCUGCAGGAGGGCAGGUGGCCAGAUUGGAGUGUGGAAAAGAGAUUUUGCUCACAAUGAGUAAAGGUUGAAUGGCCAGGAGCCAGAACGGCAUGCUGCAGACAAAAAAUACAUAUUAAUGGAGAACACAAACACUCUCACAGGAGGAUUGUCAAAGAAAAGUCUGUAUUUCAUUUCUAACUCUGCUUUUACAAAGCAGGCUGUUGUGCAGCCUUCAGAAUCACACUUUAUCUGUAAAUAAUAGAUGCAGACAUCCACCAUGGCGCUUAAGUUGUUUUAAUUCUUAACAAAGAAACGCUAAAUUUGAACAUAUCUCAUGACAGAAAAAGAAAACGCUACCAGCCUCCAAAGGAACCUUAGCCGGAUUGUUAAUGUUGCAUUAAAAUUCUUUUUCCCUUCUGAAUGUUGUUGUAAAAUGAA